UGCUCGCCGUUAAACCCUGACAGGCCAGACGCUGUCAGCCUCCACUCGGCGCCACAACGCAAAAAGAAGGGGCGUCACGUCUGAGAGCAGUUUAAAAAAAUGUGGAGAAAAAGCCAAAGGAUUUAGGAGGGGAGCAGGAUGGGACAUCCCAACGUGCCGCUGAAGUUCACACACCCGUCCAGUCGCCUGCAGCCUUUCACUCCAAACGAGAACCUGAACAACGCCUUAGGUGCCAUCAGAGUUCUGGGUCUGGAGAUGAUGGAAGACGAGCUGAAGCCACACCUGUGCACCGUGCUGCUCAACGUCCAGGAAAGGAACAGGGGCGCCGCUGAGCAGGUGGUGAUCAGCGGCAUCCUUCCGGUCCUGGCCUGGCUGCUGAGGCGCAGAGGACCUUUGGCGCUGCUGGCGGCCAAACUGGUGGCGGAACUCGCCAAGGAAUCUGUGGUCCGCAAAGGUUUCGGCGACGCCGGCCUGGUCGUGGCUCUGCUGUCCGCGCUGACCAGCGGAGACCAGGACCUGCUGAGGCACGCCGCUCAGGCCGUGGCCCGGGUGUCCUACGACAGCUCCAAGCAUCAGCAGUCGCUUCUUCGCAAAGGGGCGGUCCCUCGCCUGGUGGCCGUCCUGCUGCGCUUCCCCGGCGACGAGGCCCUGGAGGAGGCGUGCCUCCUGGCUUUGUGCAACCUCAGCAACAUGGGCGUGCCGGAAGAGGCCGGCGUGGCCUGGGAGAGGAGCCCGCCCGCCACGCCCGGGGAGUCGGUCUUCCGCGGCGUGGCCCCGCGCACCUGCGGCUUGAUGACCUCGGUGACCGUGGUGCACGUGUGCCAGUGGGCGCCGGCGCAGCACGCCGUCAGCAUCGAGGUGGUGCAGCGGUGCGCCGCCCCCUUCGUGAACUGUCACGCCGGCAAACAGGCCGCUGGCUGGUUCCCCUUCGCCGCGUUGUGGCGGUGCUCAAAGGCCACGGGGAGGAAGGUGCCCAGACGCUCCAGUCUGAGGACGCUGGUCUUCCACACCUUCCUCUAAUGGCUACUAACCUCCGUUUGUGUUCUGUUUCGUACUUUUUUUUAACUCAUGAAGUGGACUUUUUUGCAGUUUACAUUAAAAAAGGCAGCUUUUUGUGUUGGAAGAUCAAUA